AUGGACCACCACCACCACGACGCUGGCUUUCUCGACUACCCGCCUUCUGCUUUCACCGGUAUCAGGUCUUCCUACUCCUUUGCCUCCAACGGCCCGUUCACGCCAUCAUCCGGCUCGUCCACGCCUGCUCGCCACAACUCAAUGGACUUCGGCCCGUCGUCUUUUGCCCCUCCGGUGGACAAUGUCUUCACCCCGCCGCCUUCUUCCGUGUCUGCCUACUUUCCACUCAACAUGAAAGCUGGAGAUGGCUCCGACUUAUUCGCACCCGGAAUGCCUCUCACACCUUCUCGAACCCAAGUCAACAACAACGUUCACCCAAUGCAAUACUACAAUGAUGUCGCAACCCAUUUUACAUCACCUCAGCAGAUGGACUACUAUACGUUCCACAAUGGCCUGGCUCCUUCACCUCUCGCUCCCAGCCCUGCUGUACAGGCAAUCCAGCCUGGCAACACAUACGAUGCGUGGUCUGUCUGGGGACAAGCGGAAAGCCCCAUCUUCAGCAAAUUUCUCUCGCCAUCGUCAAGCUCUUGCCGGUCAGUCUCAAGAGUAAAACAAGAAGGCGACAUGUCUCCCAUGUCGGCUGGUGGACACUCGUAUCCUUCGCCCACAGAAAAGAGACAGCUUUAUGUCGAAGAGGCUCGGCAAAAAACCACAGCUCUCCAAAUGAUCCAACGCGAUGCCCCUUUGGCUCCGCGCCCCUCCAUGCACAUGAACGGAGAAGGCAAGCCAGAGCACGAAUCACACAACCCAUAUGGGCCCGGGUCGAUACUCAUUGACCCCAUUCAGAGGGUCUCUGCCAGAACCAACAUCUGCGAUUACCCAGGCUGUGGGAAAACAUACAGGCGGUCGGAGCACCUCAAGAGGCACAAGACAAAUGCUCACUCGGAAGUCCCAGUAUGGUAUCCCUGCAGCUUCUGCGACAAGAAGUUCAACCGACCGGAUAACAGAAGACAACAUCUCGGGCUCCACGCCAAGCCACGGCCCACCAAGAUGAAGGGCGUCAAAUAUGCUCCCAAGGCCAAGGCUGCUCUGGAAGAGGAGCUGAAGAACAUUCCUCGACGGAACAAGAAGCCCAAAUCCGAGCAUCACGCCUAG